AGCAAGUCAAGCCCCUGCUGUUGUGCCCUAGCUAUUCUGUCCCCCUACCAUGUGACUUCUGGUUGCUAGGACACUCCCACCCCUCCUUCCUGCCUCCAGGUGACUCCAUAUAUAGAAGAAUGAGAGGUGGCCACUGGAGGGCUUCAGAUGGAGGACACCAGCACCUAUGCAAUGGCCGAGGAGGCUGCCAGUGACCCCAAGGAUGCUGCUAGUGACCCCAAGGAUGCUGCCAGUGACCCCAAGAAUGCUGCCAGUGACCCCAAGGAUGCUGCCGCCGCCGCCAGGGAUAUACCUGCUUCCUUUUCCAGAAAUGAUGAUGAAACAGAUUUUGAGGGUUUCAUCUUUUCUUCCUCGCCAAUUUUAGACUUGAGUCAAAGAGGUCUGUGCUAUUUGGGAGAGUUCUUUAAAAUUCCCAACCUUCAACAAUUGCACCUGCAGAGAAAUUCGCUCAUCGAGAUUCCGUGGGAUUUCUUCCAGUUGUUGCCCAACCUGACAUGGCUGGACCUCCGUUACAACAAGAUCAGGGCUCUUCCCUCUGGGAUUGGCUCUCACAAACAUUUGAAAACUUUGCUUUUAGAAAGAAAUCCUAUCAAAAUGUUGCCUGUUGAGCUAGGGCAGGUCACCACACUGAAGGCAUUGAACCUGAGACACUGCCCUCUGGAAUUCCCGCCUCACCUGAUUGUGCAGAAAGGCUUGGUAGCCAUCCUCACCUUCCUGCGCAUCUGCUCGGUGGAGACUGCCUUCCCCGGAGACGAGUCGCCUCAGGAAGUCUCAGCGCUUAAGAUGGGCCUCAAUGACCUCCCAUACCCCAUCCUUGGUCAGCCCUAUAAAGGCGUUUCCAAUGAGAAAGGCCUUACUGGCCCAGGCGGCAAGGCGGCUGUGGCUAAGGAGAAGGCCGACUUCUUCCCACCUAUGGAGAAGCUAACCCUAAGCGAGCUCCGCAAACCCAGUGCCUCCUCUGAGAACUGGCCCAGUGAGGAGGAGAUCAAGCGCUUCUGGAAGCUGAGGCAGGAAAUUGUGGAGAAUGAGAAGGCGGAAGUUCAGGAGAAGAAGCUCUUGGCUAUUGAGCUGCCUCCAAACCUCAGAGCGGCACUAAACGCCAAGGAGAAAAGGAAGCAGAAACCGGGGUCCUUACCUCCCUUCAAUGUACCAAAACACAGUUCCUACAAAAAGGCUAGCUGAGAGUCACACAGCCGCUCUCCAGGAACUCCAAGAGAAGGAGACACUGCUGGAGCAGCGGAGGAGCUCCACUGACAACCCAGCUGCAGCUAACCAGUAUGGACCACGCCCACAGUACCACACGACCCCAGUAUUCAUGGUUGGGUUUGGCCAGUGGGGGAUCCCAGUAGACAUGUACAAGCUGGUGAAAACAAGGAUUGGCUCUCGAUGUCCCUAUCCUCUGUGAACUUCCUAGUCACACCCCACACACUGCCUUUGACUUCCUCCUCUCUCCCACUUAGUUUUACUGUCCCUCCCCUGCCCCCUUCCUGUCCUGUCAGGAUCUGGCCACAUCAGGCUCAGGUCCCUGAAGCUGCCCACUCCUCCCCCUCUGAAGCCUGGCUAUAAAUAAACCUCCUGAGGCCACAACCAGGAAGUCUGCCUCUGUUUGUCUGGGAACUGACGGGGACAGACUGCUCACAAGCAGCAUCUGUGGUGGCCCAUGGCUGGCAUCUCUGCGGAAGUGCACCCUGCAUCCAGGGGGUGUCUCAGUUAGAAUCUGUCUAACCCUGUCUCUGCUCAAAAGAAGCCCAU